AUGGCAGGAAUGAGAGGCUACGUCGCAAGAGACUCUAUAGACUCUUCUCCGUCGCAGCGCUCGUCGCUUGCUACAGAUCGUCUAGUUACGGUAUCGGAGUUAGGGACAUCAAAAUCGAUGGGAAGUGUGAGUGAAGGUUUCGCAAGUCCUGCUGCAGGAUAUACGCCGAAUGUGAGCGGUACUAUUCGCAGCUCAGGUUCUGAGACAGAUAGACAACGUCGUCUAGAUCAUAUGCAUCAACAAAUUCUUGCCGAAUAUGAGGGUGCACGUGAGACUCUUAUGGUAUACCAAAGGAGCUAUCGUGCUGCUGUCGAGCGAUUUCUCUUAUUUGCAAGUGAAAACAAACAGAUUUACAGCAAGGUACUAGAUCUUCAUCAACAAGUUGAAAAAGCUUUUGAGAAGAGUCAAGAGAGUACAUCUGCACAACUUGCUGUGCAUCUGAGGGUCAUUGUUAACGUUAGUAUGCUCUACCUACGUAGUGAAGGAUCCAACUCCUCUCUGGCACAGAUGCUCAUCAAAUCACCAUAUAUGACAUACCAGGCAUUCCAAGAUGCCAUUCAGGAAGUAUGGCGCGCGCAGAGCUCUAAAUUAUCAGUUGAACCUCCUAAAUUGGGAAUUUGCGGUUGGUUGGGACGCCAUCAUGUAACACCGAGAGGUUUGUGUAGCAGCAUGAUCAACACUUUGACUGCUGUUGAGGGCGUAGUCAACAAAUGCUCCUCGGUAUACCCUAAAUUAUCGCAGUCCGUGUAUGUAGGUGAACCCGUCUACGACAUGAUGCACGAGUCCGAGAAAACUGUACAUCUGAGGCAGCACUAUGAUCUUACAGAUUUUACUAAAACCCUGAAAGACAAUGGAUUGCCGCCAAGUGCUGACCCUGAUGGUAAGGUUGUGUAUCGUCAGGAAAUCGGCCUUUGCAGUUAUCGCAAUUACCAAACUUUUGUCAUACAGGAGACGCCAGAGGACUCCUUUACUGGACAGAUGCCGCGAUAUGUAUCGGUGAUUGUACAAGACGAUCUCUGUAACGUCGUACAGUGUGGUGAUAGAGUUCGUGUUUGGGGUGUCUAUCGCGCCGGGUGUGGCCGUGCAGAUGAAUCCAACAAUGGUAUAGGACGUGGUUAUCUUGUGGCCAAUUAUGUCGCUAUACGUAACAAGUUGUCAACCAGGUUGUCAAACGAGAUUACUGAUGAGGACCGUGCUAAAUUUAAGCAAUUGGCACAGUCUGAUGAUUGCUUGGGUAUAUUAACACGCUCAAUUGCCCCUUCUAUUUGCGGUCAUGAGAUUGUGAAACGUGGUAUCUUGUUAUCACUCGUCGGAGGCCCCGAAAGCGAUGAAGCUAGUGACCACCGUAUCAGGGGCGACAUUCAUGUACUACUAGUAGGUGAUCCUGGUUGUGGUAAGUCACAGAUGCUACGUUUCGUGAUGAACCUGCUUCCUGGCACCGUCUCUACAACAGGUAGAGGAUCGACAGGUGUGGGUCUCACUGCUGCUCUCGUUGUAGACCCUGAUACUGGUGAGAGACGUGUUGAGGGCGGUGCUAUGGUUAUGGGUGACCGUAGGGUGGUGUGUAUUGACGAGUUUGAUAAGAUGCAACCUGGUGACCGUGUGGCUAUCCACGAAGUUAUGGAACAACAGACGGUAACCGUUGCUAAGGCUGGUAUCCACACUACUCUUAACGCUAGAUGCACAGUCUUGGCUGCUGCUAAUCCUUUGUAUGGAUGUUGGAGUGAAGACAUGGACGUCUCUCAGCAGUUAUGUUUCGAGCGUUCUUUGAUAUCACGUUUCGAUUUGAUUUUCGUUGUACGUGAUGCCGCUACAGACAUGGAAGACGAGCGUAUAGCUGAAGCAGUGCUUCGCAAUAUCACGCAGAAGUCAAAGGUCGUGACCGCUAAAAAAAAUGCCGGUCAGUCAGGUCGUCCCACAGGUACCCCUAGUUGUGUUAUACAACCCAUGGAGGGUGAUAUGAAUCAGGUAGCGUUUGCAAACGCUACUUUCGACGGUUUCCACUGGGAAGAACAGUGGACGCCGAGCGCUACCGCCUCUGCACGGUCAAAGAAGGCUAAAUCCAUUGGCAAGGGUGCUGACGGGUUUUUGAAGAGCCGUUCAGAGUUGACAUACAUCGAUUGUGAUGGUGUCGAGCACGAUAUUGUAGACGCAGCGUUCCUACGCAAGUACAUACAUUACUGCAAGCAUUUGUACUAUCGUGAGAUGGAAGCUAUGGAGGGUUGGCGUCCAUGCCCUGAGAUUAGUGAAGUGGCUCGCCGCGCUAUCGUAGCUCUGUAUUCUCAGCUACGUGCACGGGCCCAACAGUCUGAAAACCAACGUCUGAAGCUACCACAACCGGUAACACCACGUACACUGGAAGCUAUUAUCCGUUUGUGCGUCGCUCACUCGAAGCUACAAAUGAAACGUUGGGUAACCGCCGACUGUGUCGCUGCUGUUGGGAAGCUACUAAACUACACAUUAUUUGGUGAUGCUUAUGAUAUAAGCGAGGUCGAUAUUAAUUCAGAGUCUGAUUUUGAUGAAGACGAACCUAUGGAGGAGGAUUCUCCUAAGCGUACUCGCGGUCGUCGUGCUGCAGGAGGUGAAUCCUCCCCUGUAGGCGCAAUUUCAGGUGAUCGGGAGCCCCGAGCUACUAGUAGAACCACUGUGAUGGUUGAUACUCCAAUGGCAGAUGGCACGGAAUCGCAGAGCGAUAACACAGUCACACUUCUCUCAUGUUUGAAGAAGCUGGACGCUGGUGACGGUGUUGACCUUUCCGAUCUUUACAUUGAGUUUUGUCGACAUGUUCGCAUUUCUAUGGAUGAUUUCAAGGUAUUUUUGCAGGAGUUGCACAACCAGGAACCAUCUCCUAUUGUAUAUUCUGAGGAAUCCUUUAUGGUUUUCAGUUGCUGA